AUGAUAUUAGUCAAAAAAUGUGCUGCUCUUCGACAUGAAGAUGGUGACGAUGAAGCAACAGUUGCACAGUCGAUAAGACGUGUACCACGUACAAAAUCAAUAUUUGAACGAACAUCAUCACGUCGGUAUUCAUCGGUUGAUUAUGAUACAAAUGGUUACUAUGAUCAUCAACGAGAAUGUAUUGUAUUUGAUAAUAAUCAUAAUGGAAAUAAUCAUGAUAAUCAUUUUAAUUUAAAUCCUUCAAUGUUAUUACAAAAUGAUCAUGAUGAUUCAAUGGUUUUAUUAAAUGGAUUUGAACCUCUGACUACUGUGUCACUUGAUAAUGAAGACGAUAGUGAUGAACGUAAAACACGAGUUAAAAGUGCUACACAUGAACGACAAAGUAUGCGACGAGGCUCACUGGGUGCAGUUCCAAUUUCUCAGAAAAAAGAACAAGAAGUACCGAAGACAGCAGUACCACCACCUGAUAGUAGUGCUAUACGGCGUAUGCAAAAUCGAUGGGAAGCAGAAACUCAACAACGUGAAGCUGCUGCAGCCAAAGCUCAAGUACCCAAAGCACCAACAGCUGCACGUACUGGUCGUGAUCGGUGGGCGGCAGCACCUAAUGAUGCUCAAACAUCACCAUCUGUUGAUACUCAUAUCGUUCCGUCCACUCGUUUUACACGUCCAUCAGCUACUGUUGAUACCGUUGCAUCUCCUCCACCUACUUCACCUCAACAACAACAACAACCGCAAAGUCCUCGUGGUAAUGAAACAAAAGUAUUUUCACGACCACCACUCAAUCAUCAAAAGAGUUCAACUGGUGGUAGUGCAGUUGAAGCAUUAUCACGUCAAAUUAGUUUGUCAUCAAUGGGUGGAAAUGAGACUUCAGCAACAAAUGGUCAACCAGCUAUUGUUGUUAAAGAUACGAAAGUAACACCAUCAUCAGAACUUAUGGGUGCUGUAACACGAGCUAAAGAUAGUUUGCAACAAGCAACAAAGCCACCACCAUUCGCAAUACCUGGUGUUGGUUUAUCUGCUCAAUUGCCCGAUGCAAUGCUAUCGAAACCUCGUUCGGAUAAUGAUCUUCAAUGGGAAUCUGUUGUUGGCAAAAUUCUUUCACGUAAACUAAUUGUCCAAGGUCUCGAUUUUGAAGAAUUAGAUGAACGAGACGAUGCAAAUAUUAUGGCACUUGGAGGUGCUCGAGCUGGAUUUCCUCCACCGCCACCAAUGAUGAACAGUAGCGGAGGUCCUCCACCACCCCCGCCAAUGAUGAUGGGAGGCGGUCCACCACCUCCACCGCCACCGAUGAU